UGAUAGUGUCAAAUCAAAGAAACUGUCAUCAUCAGCAGAAAGCUGACUGUUUGUUGUUUUUUUUGUGAUUUACUUAAUUAAAGUAGAAUGUUAAUGAUAAUUCGUAGUAAUAAUUAAAUAUUAGCCACAAUGUUCGACAUAACUGAUUUAUGUCGCGGCUGUAUGAAGGACAAUGUAAGUUUAGUGAACUUAUAUGAAACAGUUCAAAUUGAGGAGGACAGCCUUCAAUUAGCUGAAUUAUUGGUGCAAUGUACGCCAGCGGAGGUAACCAAGGAGGAUGGGCUACCACAAAACCUUUGUGAUGCAUGUAUCAAGGUGUUACAAGUCGCGUACACCUUCCGAAUACAGGUGAUAAAGUCACAGGAAGAGUUAAAAAAGAUCCUACAAACAAAUAUAAAAACAGAACCACUAGAUGUCAGUCUAAAGACAGAAGACAAUGUCCCGGACUAUUUUGAUACAUUUGAAGAUUUUAAUUUUGAUAAUGAUUUCCCCAAAACAGAACUUGAAAAUGUGAUAUAUACCUGUAACAAAUGCAGUAAACAAUUUACUAAACACAAUAAAUAUUUAAGGCAUUUAGGAGCUCAUGAGAAUUUGUCCCUAGAGUGUAGUAUUUGUAAGAAGUUGUUUGGGAAUCAGGAGCUGUUAGACAAACACAAAGCGAAGCAUGAGAAAACGACGUGUUUGAUUUGUAAUAAACAUUUUGAGAAGGAAACUGAGUUACUGGAGCACAUGGUGAUGCAUACCGAAGGAUUAAAUAUAAAAGUUGAGAAUGAGGUGUCCGUGAACAUGCUUCGUUGUGUGGAAUGCAAUAUAACCUUUACGAAAGCGAGAUCACUAGCAAGUCAUAUGAAAAAACAUAAAAACAAACAAAACCAGGCAGAAUUUGUAUGUGAUACUUGUGGUAAGAGGUUUCUAAAGAAGUGUAUAUUAAAAAGACAUUUGUCUAUGCAUGAGAAGAAGUACAAAUGUGACGAGUGUUCCAAAUCAUUUGCAAGGCGAGAUCAACUGGUGGCUCAUGCAUAUAGCCAUAAAGAUAAGAAGCCCUAUGUCUGUUCCUACUGCAAGAAAGGUUUCUCCCAAAUGUGCAGUCUAAAGGACCAUGUCCGCACCCAUACAAAGGAGACUCCGUACUUAUGUUCGGAGUGUGGGAAAGGCUUUGCUAAUAACUCCAAUCUCCGGCAACAUAUGAUGAGACACACCGGCAUUAAACCUUUUGCCUGCAACCAGUGUCCCAAGACAUUCUGUACUAAAGGGCAGAUGACGUCCCACCUGACGACGCACACGGACGCGCACCCGUUCAAGUGCGCGGAGUGCGGCGCCGCCUUCACCAAGCAGAACUCGCUGAAGAAACACUCCCUCAUACAUCUGCCUGUACGGCCGUUCGCCUGCGAUACUUGUAAUAUGAGGUUUACAUGCAAAGACCAUUUGAAGCGUCACAACAGGAUCCACACGGGCGAGAAGCCAUACAAGUGCAGCUACUGCGAGCGCGCCUUCUCCCAGAGCAACGACCUGGUCAAACAUACCAGGCAACAUGUUGGACAGAAUAUUUACCAAUGCACAAUAUGCAGCGCACGGUUUCGUCUGGUUUCUGAACUGAAACACCACUACCCAGUGCACUUCGCAAACGGUAAGAGUGAAGGGGAUCAGAAUGACUCUAAAGGUGACCCCAAGGACCCCACAGUGACCCCAGCCGACAACAAGACCCCCAAAGAGCUCCCCCUACUAGAAAUGAAACCACAAAACGAUUUCAACGAACUUAUGACGUUCAAGAGUGAAAAAGAGCUCCCACAAUUAAAACCGCCACCUGAUCUUCCGAUUUUGACCCUUAAACCACCUGAGAAUAAAGACGACAAUGACGUGAUGGACUCCAACAGGAUUGUUAUUACUAUAAACAGUUGUGAUACGAACGGUGUCGUCAAUGGAUUUACAAUAAAGAUGCCCAAAGAAAGCUAGAACUAGACUGCAGAGGUUUGUAAUUUAGAACCUUAUUGCAACGCUACAAGGUUCAUUUCUUAAGCUACUUUGCUAUAAUUUAGUCUUGUUUUGUACAUAAUAAUUAUGUAUGGCUGUUACAUUUCCUGCCAGUAACAAAA